AUGGGUGACGUGGCCAAAGAUCUAGCUGCUGGUACAGUUGGUGGUGCAGCACAGCUGAUAUGCGGGCACCCUUUUGACACCAUCAAAGUCAAACUCCAGAGUCAACCCGCCCCUCUUCCCGGACAGCUGCCCAAAUAUGCAGGAGCUAUUGAUGCCGUGAAGCAGACAAUAGCAGCCGAAGGCCCCAGGGGUCUGUAUAAGGGGAUGGGGGCCCCACUUGCCACGGUGGCAGCCUUUAAUGCCGUUCUCUUCACAGUCCGUGGCCAGAUGGAGGCGCUGUUGAGGUCGGAGCCAGGUGUCACCCUUACCGUGGGCCAGCAGGUCGUUUGUGGGGCCGGGGCUGGUGUUGCCGUCUCGUUUCUCGCUUGCCCGACUGAACUCAUCAAGUGCAGGUUGCAAGCCCAGAGCGCACUCGCCACUUCAGGCCCAGCCACAGUCGCCAUAAAAUAUGGUGGGCCCAUGGAUGUGGCCCGGCAUGUCCUCCAAUCCGAAGGUGGGUCGAGGGGCCUCUUCAAGGGCAUGAUCCCCACGCUGGCCCGCGAGGUCCCGGGAAAUGCUGUUUUGUUUGGAACGUAUGAGGCUUUGAAGCAGUACCUUGCCGGGGGCCCAAACACUUCGGGCCUGGGCCAGGGUUCGCUGAUUCUGGCGGGAGGCCUGGCAGGAGCAGCUUUCUGGGCCGCUGUAUACCCAACUGAUGUCGUCAAGAGCGUGCUCCAGGUGGACGACUACAAGAACCCGAAGUUCUCUGGGUCGGUUGAUGCAUUCCGGAAGAUCUUGAGAUCAGAAGGGGUGAAGGGGCUGUACAAGGGCUUCGGGCCCGCCAUGGCCCGUAGUGUGCCAGCCAAUGCGGCUUGCUUCCUGGCGUAUGAAAUUACUCGGUCCAGUUUGGGGUGA